AUGGGGGGCGAAGAGAAAAGGCAUCAGAUGAUGCAGAACCUAUUCGGAGAUCAAUCGGAGGAAGAGGAGGAGAUUGAUUCCGAGCACGAAUCAAAUCCUCAGCCUAAUUACGCUUCGGAUGAAGCUGAGGGAGAACUGAGGAACGGGGUUGAUGAUGAGGGUGAAGGUGAAGUGGAGGAGCAGGAGCAGGAAGAUGUUGAUGUUGACGUUGAGAGUGAAGGUGAAAUGCGUGAGGUAGAGCCUGAUCCUGGAGAAAGUGAGGGCGAAAGGGAGCCAAGUUCGGAGGAAGUGGACGUGGAGGAUCCGAGAGAAGAGAGUGAAGAGAAAGAUGCAGAAAGUGAUGAGAAAGAUCAGUAUGGUCAGAGGGUUGUCACCAGUCGAAGACGUGAUGUGCUUGAAAGUGAGUCUGAGAGAUCUGAGGAGCAACCUUAUGCUGACCAUGAUGAUGAGGAAAUAGACCAAGUUGGAAAUCCAAGCAGAUCACCUGAGGAGGAGAGGGACCAAACUCACAUAUCACACUCAGCUGCUGAAAUACGUGAUGUUUUUGGUGACUCUGAUGACGAGGAAGAGGCAGGAUAUGCUGUUCAAAAUGACCUCGAGCCAGAUUCUCAUAUGUCUCCCAUGGAAGACGAAGGAAGCUAUGAGAAGAGUCUAAGACCUGAAGACAUGCUAGUUGAUGAAGAUGGCCGAUAUGAGUCAGAGGAGGAGAAUGUCGAGGUCAAACAAAGGGAAAGGCCUGUUGGUCCGCCACUGGAGCUGGAGAUUCCAUUUCAAGCAGCUCCUGCCCAUCCAACUAGGAUGAAUUUAAUCAAAGUUUCCAAUAUAAUGGGUAUUGAGGCCCAACCAUUUGAUCCCAAGACAUAUGAGGAGGAGAAAACAUUUGUCACCGAUGAAUCUGGAGCUAGAAAGCGCAUCCGCUUGGAAAAUAACAUUGUGCGCUGGCGGCGUGUCAAAAAUCCUAACGGCACAACUUCUAUUGAAAGUAAUGCUCGCUUCGUCAGGUGGUCAGAUGGCAGUUUGCAGUUAUUAAUUGGGAAUGAGGUUCUUGAUAUAUCUGUACAGGAUGCACAGCAUGACCAAACACACCUCUUCCUUAGACACAAUAAGUCCCUUCUUCAAUCACAAGGAAGAAUAUUGAGGAAGAUGAAGUUCAUGCCAUCUUCGUUGUCAUCAAAAUCUCACAGGCUAUUGACUGCCCUUGUUGACUCACGGCAUAGGAAAGUUUACAAGGUUAAGAAUUGCAUUACUGACAUUGACCCUGAGAGAGAGAAGGAGGAGAAAGAGAGGGCUGAAAGUCAAACAAUCCGGGCAAACGUACUCCUUAAUCGGAAGAGAGAAAAGGUUAGCCGGAAAUAUACCCCUGUAGUAGAGCGUAAGCAUCAACUUUCAACUGGAUUCUUAGAGGGUGCUCUUGACGAGGAUGAAGAACACGAAUAUUCUGAUCCUCGUCGGACUCGUCGCCGCUUUGAGGAAGACCUGGAAGUGGAAGCUCGAGCAGAGAAGCGCAUUAUGAAUGCUAAGAAGGGAAACAAAGACUUCCUACGCAAGUCGUCUUUGCCUAUGGCUAAAUCGAGCAAGCGCCCCGUGAAUUUCGAGGACAGUGAGAGAGAGGAAUCUGAUUAUGAAAGUGAUGAGUAUCAAGAUGGGAGACCUGCUCCUAGGAAGAGGUUUGAAGAACCAGAGGAGGAAUACGAAGAAGAUGAGGAAGAGGAAGAAGAGCGCUAUGAAGAAGAGGUAGAAGGUGAUGGUGCCUCAGAGGAAGAAGAGGAAGCUGAGGAACUAAAGCCGAGAGGCAAGGAGUAUGGAGGUAGUCAUAGAAGAGCUGGGAUCGAGUCAGAUCAGGACUCCCCACCUAGAAAGGUGCAUACUCACAGGAGAGCUGUUGUAUUUGAUAGUGAUGAAGACUGA